AUGUCAGCCGAAGCGCUAAAGCUUAUCAUCGAUUCGCUAAAUCAGGAGCCGUUCAAUUUGAACACGACACUAAUAGCCUUUGACAAUUUCUCGGACAAUCGGCUGCUGCAAGUGUUGAGUGAUGUCAUUUGUUGGAUAACUGGGAAUGAUAAUAUCGAUGUGCGUGAUGAGAGCCCGGAUGCGACGGCGUUGCGGCUUUUCAACAGUCUGAAAUUGCUACGUUUUCGACCACCGACUGAUAUUGAGCAGCUAGACGAAUGGCGCGUGGGAAUAGUAGAAGGGUCAAAAGCAUCCGUCUACCCUGUGCUCUAUUACAUUUUCUCGAACGUGGAUGCCUUAAAAGAACGCGCCUACCUUGCAAAAUUUCUUACAAAAGUCGAUGUCCCGAGCGAUAUUCAUGAUAUCGAUACCGUGCAACUUCAGAAUGAGCACGCUGAGGCGAUGGAGAGGUUUAAGGAGGCACAUCAACAAGUGACUGAACUACGCGGCGAUACUAUGAUGGUCGACGAUAUUAAGACAGAUUUGAGGGCUAUGGAACAGGAAAAGGAACAGCUAACCCGGCGAGUGGAGAAAAUCCAGCGGAAAGUGGUGAACAUGCCGAAUUUGGACAAAAUUAUUGGUGCUGCCGAAGCGCAUCGCAAGGAACUAGAACGACUUGAAAAUCUGAAUGUCCAACGCCAAGAACAGAGAAAUGCGGUGAUCAACUCCGAGCUGAAAACGCAACGACUCGAGGCGCAGCUGAAAGAGAUUCGGCAGCAAGCUGAAGGGUUGGACCCCAGUGACUUGGUGGCUCAGCUUGAGGAAGAGAUGAAAACCAACCAUUUCUUGCUUGAAAAGCAAGAACAAGAAAUUCGGAAUCGGCGCGAGAUGGUCAAGGAGUUGCAGCGCAUCUCGGAAAUGCCAGCUAUUGAGAAAUCGGAGGUUGACCAGUUGAAGAAGGAUGUUGACACGAUCAACCAGCGAAUUAUUGAGCUGGAGAGCGAGCGUGACAAACGAGAGGAGGGACAGGAUGAGAAUUUCUCGAUUUAUCGGCAUCAGGCCGCUACGGUAGAACGGAAGCGGAAUGGGGUAGCACAGCAGUUGCAAGAGGCGAAAAACGAUCUCGACGAAAUCCAGCGCCGUCUGGCCCAACGUAAAGAAGAAAUGCGCUCUGACAACGGCGGUGAAGACGUCGUCACCUCCCUCCAGUUCAAGAACUACGUUAAUAAACUCCGCGGUAUCACGAUACAGUACAAGAAGAGACGGGGUGAGAUGGAGGAUAUCAAGUCCGAAAACCUGAUACUGAAUCGGACCUGCGAGCUGUUGACGAAAAAGUACGAGGACCUGAAGGACAAGAUGGAAUCGAUGGGGAUGGUGGUGCUGGAGAACAUUGAGGUUCCGAUGAGGAUUGAGAGGCCGAAAACCGCCGCGCCGAAAACGGACGAUACGGAGGAGUUACGGAAUAUGAUCAACGACUUGAACCAGCAGUUGGACGAGAAGAGGGCUAGGAUUGCACCUUUGAAGGAUAGACGGGAAGACGUUGCCAGGAAGUUAAAUCUGACCCUCGAAGAGUUCCAAACCAAAAAACGUCGCUAUGAUCAGGAAAAGCACGCUAUGGAGGAGCACUUUGCGGCUUUGAUGAAACAAGUCGAGGACCUAGAAGCGCGCUAUGAACACGCCAGCACACAGGGAAAAAUGGCGGAACUGGCCGGGGAUACAGCUGAAGCCCACAUUGCCAAGAUAACCGACGGAUCGAUAAAUCAAGUCAUUGAGGAGAUUGAGCAAUUAACAAAGAAAUACCAGCAAGACGCUGAUGCCGGAAGGAGGGGAAGCGCGCAGGUCAACACGAUUGACACGAAAAAACAGAUGCUAAUGUGGCGAUCCCUGGAAAAAAUAUUCGAGAUGAAACUGGCCCUGGCCAAGCAGGACCCGGCAAAAAGCGACUACCCGAUCGGCGACCGGCGCGGCGGAAGAUUU